AUGUCAGAUACGGAAGCUGAACCAUUUCAGUUAGAUCUGUUGCUGGAGCCAGUUAGAGCGAACUUACAAGCUCCUGAAGUUGCUGCUUCUUCCUCGAGAAGUCGCUCUCGGAAGCGUAAUGCUGAUGAAUCGUCAGCCGAAAUGCCUUCAGUUAGCCGUCGGCGUCGCUUAGCGACUGCUGAUUCAGCAUUUCUGCAAACUUCAUACCCGCCAGCUUGCUGUAUUGAUGGGAUCGUACAACCUGGUCCUUGUUUACUGCAACCAGCGCAAACAUAUCAACCCGCAAGUGCCAUGGCUGCUUUGAAUUCGUUACCGCCAGUCUACAGACCUCAGGUUAUAGCUCCACAAAUACAUGCGCAAAUGGCUGCAAUGCCAAGCACUUCUUCUGUAAAUAGUGUUCAGAAUCGUGAUUCCUUGUAUUAUCUAAGUAAUGAACAGCAGGCGCAGGCAAAUUCCGUUCGUAUGGCUGCUCAACAGUCACAUCGUGUAGCACAAGCGGCCAUGAGUCAGAGACCUCCUCUGUCAUCUGUAAUAUACCCUUCCAACAUUCCUGACCCUGAACGAGCUAAUCAGAGCUUAGGAAAUGAAGCUAUAGUUCCAAGUCCGCAGGAGAUCGCUGACUUAGCUUAUCUGAGGCAAUUGCGAGAUUGGGAGUCUGCAAUGCUCUCGUCAAAUGCGCAACAUCGUUGGAUACGGGAUUCCGACUCUCGCGUUGAAAUGCUUAUUUCACGAGUUCGACAAGCAGCAGCUCAAGCCGCUGCAGCCGCUGCAGCACAAGCUGUGGAUACAACAGCGAUUUUGAUUGCUGCACAACAGGUUCGGGAACGAGCUAUUUCUCAGACAAGGUUUAUUGAAAGCCUUGAUUUGAAUCAUUCUACUCAUCCGUGUACCUAUUUUUCUCAGAUGGAAAUGGCUCCCAGUGUUGCAAUGCCCCACUUGCCGAGAGAAUGGGCAAAUCGGGGGACAAAUUUCCCAGAAUCUGCUUCUUCCCAACAACAGCAGUCUGCUGAAGCUGCGGAAAAUGUGAAUAUUGAGUCACCUUUCCGCAACUGGGAGGCAGCUGUUUUGCAGAUAUUUGACCGAGUGGCACCACAGAUGAAUCUUAUACGAAUGCAGCCGAAAGGGAUGCCAAAGAAUGAAAUUGACCAACUCCAAUCUUUCCGUUUAACAAAUCCAAAAACGUUGAAAGAAAAAGUAUGUGUGAUAUGCCAAUGUGAUUUUGAAAAGCGUGAUCAUGUUCGAGUACUUCCUUGCGAACAUCACUAUCAUCUAAAAUGUAUCGAUAAGUGGCUGAAAACCAAUCGUACUUGUCCAAUUUGUCGGAAAAGUGCAUCGGAUACCACAGAAACCCCGGCAACAAUUGUAGCAACGGGAACAACAUCGGGUGCAGUUGCAUCUGUUACAACAUCGCCACAUAUUGCUGUUCAAGUUUUCACACAUUUAAGCGGUAACCAUCAUCGUCCGACACCAAAUUCUAAUGUAAUGUGA